AUGGAGGAAAACCCAGAGCUCAACGCCUUUAGACGGCAGUGGCGCGAAGAAGUAACUCGACGAAAUCAGACUGCUGCUCCGACGAGACAAGUACAACCUGCUCCCAGCCAGAAUAUACCCCCAAGUGCUGGGUCACAUCUAGACCAUCUUCCGCCAACCAAACACGAGGCCGCUGAUCGCAAAGAUGAUGAUGUUGAAGAGGAAGAUUUGGGCCGAGACUACGGGGAAUUUGUGCAUCGUACAGAGGCCUUGACUUUGAGGUCAGCUGAUGAUGAUGGCUUUCAGCGCGUGGCGCAGAAGGAGCCCCGGUCGGCGCUGGAACAUUUUGAGAAGGCUGUAGAGAAGGAAGCCCAGGGCAGUUUGGGAGAUAGUCUAGCUCACUAUCGCAAGGCUUACAGGUUGGAUGCGGCAAUUGAUCAGAAAUAUCGCAAGAAGCACUUCUCUGGUAAAUCGGCGCCCAGCCAGCCCACCGCAACUCCAACAACUGAAACAGCCAAGCCGACAAAAGAACAGACGAAAGAUGUCGAGAUUUUACCAACUCCGGAACUGAUCAUGUCCUUUGCAAAUCUGCCAAUCCCACAAGCCGAACCUUUCAUCGAAGGCGMCCCUCCCCCGCCAUGUCCCAUUGCAAAGAUCCCAAAUGAGAUUUUGACAGAAAUUCUUGAACAUGUUGCUUAUAUGGAUCCGGCAUCAUUUGGCCGCAUGUCUCUGGUAUGCAAACGCUUUGCCUAUCACUUUGCGCAUGAACACCAAAUUUGGAAGAGGCUCUGCCAAGGAAGCGAAUUUGGAUUCGGAAGCAUGCACUACUCAUUUAAUUGCGAUGUACUCGGCGACAUUUACCACUCUUUCACCCCUAAAUAUACACCAUUUCCGUCCGGGGUAGCAGUGCCAAUCCCGGAACCUCUUUCUUCCUGGAGUCAAGUGUUUCAGACAUUCCCCCGAAUCAGAUUCACCGGUAUAUAUAUUAGUACGAUAAAUUAUACACGACCUGGAGGAGCAUAUUCCUACGCCAAUGCAGCAUGGACUGAUCCCAUACAUAUUGUGACCUACUACCGGUACUUGCGUUUCUAUCCAGACGGGACCACGAUUUUUCUCACCACCACGACUGAACCUCUUGACGUUGUUCCUUAUAUCAGCAAGGAAAACGUCGCUGCUGCUGUACACAACCGUCAUCCGAGCAAGAAGAAAUCGGAUAUAAUAUCGCACGAAGCUUCGACUAGCGGAGCGCCAGUUCCCAAUGUUGCUAUGCAAGCUCUCAAGUACGCUUUACGAGGUCGCUGGCAUCUCACACGACCUACUAGCGAAGAACCUCACAAUACCGAAAUAGGGGAUCGUCUUCAUUCACCGCUUUCCACAGAGAAUGAAGGCAUGGGAACCGAUCCGCGCGAUCUCAUCAUCGAAACCGAAGGCGUCGAUCCCAAGUACACGUAUGUUCUGCAUUUAGGGCUGCGGUCAAUCAACCCACCCCGCGCUGCAGGCGCGAUCAAGGCGCCACCGAAUGUUUCGAAGAAUACGAAACUUGUUUGGAAAGGAUUCUGGAGCUAUAACAAGCUCACUGAUGACUGGGGCGUGUUUGGGCUGCGGAAUGGUCGAUCUUUUGCAUUCAGACGUGUUCGAGGUUGGGGGCUUUAG